CCAACAUCGAUUAACACUCUUUCCCGAUAGAUCCAUAGAGCCUCCGUGAACGCAAAGUGGAGGGCUAAUUCCCCGAUUGUGCCUGCCUAAGAUGGAAGUCUUUCUUUUAUAGAACGUAGCACAAGAACAGAGCCUUACUACCUCUCAGUUUGAGUGAAAGCAAACGUUCCAUUAGCGUCAACCAGCCAUUCCUUCACACCCUGUCGAGGGACCCUUCUCACAAUCAUGGCGCUUCAAUCUACUCCCAAAGUUGGUACUCAAGCUUUUGCCGUGGUCACAGGAUCUCUCCUUUCCGGGGCAAUGAUGGGCAUUUCCCUGAUGACUAUUCGUGUCUUCCUUGACACUGAUACACAAGCCUCCCACUUAUUGCAGCAAUGGGUCCGCCUCUAUCAUUAUGGUCACCAAGUCAUGCCAUCACUGGCUAUUGCGACCUGUGGGCUGUACAGCUAUAUUACUAUUAGCAAGAGGGCUUCUCACAGACCAUGGUUAAUCUACGCAUUAGCGGCUGUAACUACAGUCAGCGUGGUGCCAUUCACGUGGAUCGUAAUGGCACCUACAAACAAUAGUUUAUUUCAGUUGGACGCUGAGAAUCAAGUGGCGGGUGCAACCAUGACGAGCUUGGAACAUGUUCAGGAGCUUGUAACAAGAUGGGGUUGGUUGCAUGGUAUUCGCUCAUCUUUCCCUAUUGUGGGAGCGGCUUUGGGCUUCACAGGCGUUCUGCGGGAAAUUGAGGCUUAAUAUUUGUAGAUGGUGAUGAUUAGCUGUACUCCCAGUAAAU